GCUGAUUUACAAAGUGUAUGAAUAUGAUCGUCCAUCUAACACUGAUUCUAUUUUUGGUAAUUACUGAACUUCCUUUUCCCUAAUUGAGAAGAAAUAUCACCAACUUUGGAACUAUAUUUUGACUGCAUGGAGAAAGGAUAAGGGCUAUUUUACUGCUUCAUGACUAGUGAUGAAUUUGAUCCCUCAGGAGAUGCCUUUAUAAAUGCCGAUCUAUUUUAAAAAUAAGCCGGUCGAGGGACCCUUACCUGGUCAGAUAUGGAUUGCCAGAUAUAUAUCCUGUCCACCGGUAGUAAACAUUAUUAUUUUUAAAUGAUAUUUUUUAAAGUGCCAUUUUAACACACUAGUCUAUGGUAAAUGUUUUAUGCCCAUGAAACCAGCAGAAUACUAAUUGAUCAUUGAGAUGGAAGAUGGCGCUACAUGAAACUUUUUGAAUCAGCAGAGACACUAAAAUAAUCAAAAUGGCUCUGCUUUGGGUAAAAUCGUACUUUGAAGACAAUACAUAUAAGAAUAAAGUAGACAUAUUUUUUCUUCCUAUUUCGCUAACACAAUUAUAAUGAUUGGUUAUGAAAUUAACAGGUUGAUUAAAAGGUUUUUAAUAAAAAAUGAAGGGCAUCAUUUCGUCCACGAAAAAGUUUGACAAGGAAAAAAAAAAAAGGUCUUCACUUUUCACUUUAAAAAAGGGGGGCACACUUUGGGUUGAUUGGUGUUGGUCAUCUUCUGUUGGGAUUUUAUCAAUCUUUCAUAAACCUAUCCUCCAAUUAGCCGCCUAAUAGUAAUGCGGAUAAUUCAAUAAAAAUUGCGUUCACAAACUCCGAAAAUUAUCCGCAUUAUUUUUACGAGCGCCCGUCCUGAAAAAGGCGGAUAAUCGUCAUGACAACUGGACACGCCCCCUCCGAUGCGGUUGUGUUGGAAAAGGGUGACCUUGUGACCGCACCAUGGCAAUUAUCCGCAUUAUUUGGAAAUACGUUCAUAAACUCAAAAUAUUGUCCCGAUGCUGCUAUUAUGCGGAUACUUGCAGCAUCAAAAUAAUGCGGAUAACUCUGGUCCUCCUCCGAUUUUACGAACAAAUUAUGCUGCUAUCAGCCGCAUAAUUAAGGGGUAUAUUACUGUAUCGAACAGUAGUAUAAUAAUGUAUUAUGAUUGUAAUGUAUAAUAUACUGUGAUUUAUGUAUCAUGUAAUAAUGUAAUUUUAACCUGCCGGCCAACCUGAUAGGUUGCCGGGCCUGGAUCUUGUUAUGCUUGAUCCUUAAUAAAGACAUGAUGUACUACUACUAUACACGGGCAUACAUUGCAUGUUGGAAAUGACUAUAUUGAUGGAAUCUUGAUAUGGGGAAGGGGCAGGACCAUUUCCUUCUACAUAGGCAUCUCAUUAUCAUUGCCGCCUUUGAAGGCAAUUCACAAAUAUUAUCCAAUUGUAAAUCCUCUCAAUUUGUAUAUAAUUAUAUUUCAGGUCGUCUGAUCUCUGACGUCAUCGCUGUCCUUUAUCUUCUUUUGUCGUGCGCUCUGUUGACGUAUGAUUUCCAGACUUACUUCAGAAACUUCUGGGGAAAGAAAAGCGACAUCCUUCACCUUGUGUCUUACUCCACUUACCUCUUUCAGGUAAUGGUCAUUCCAUUCGCAUGCCUCUUCUCCCGGAUUGGCUUCAUCACCAUGGGAACGCGUUACAGGCAAGGUUCUCCGCUCUUUCGUGGAUUCUUGUCGAGGCGCGUAAAGAUUUUGACUGGCUCACGUUUUGGCGCCAAAGGUCUGUCCUGGUUUCGUCUCGUCUGCUUCCUCGCAUGGCCGAUUACGAAUGCUACGCUCAGGUUGGCCAACGAUUACCGGAUCGGAUCUAACUGUCACAGUCGCUUGGCAGUCUACAAAGAAGUCUCUCACUGGAGCGCUCUUGUCGGGUACAUCUUUUACGGCUGUUUUUGCUAUCUCAUCCACAUCGAGCGCGUUUCGUUUCAAUGCGAGGUGCGUCAGAUUUCCAAAUUCGCGCGCGACCAGGCCUCCGCGAAGAAUAUAGACGGGGUACGCAGACGGAUACUGAGCUUCUACGAGCAUUACCACAUUCUGCGUCGUUUGAUCCGGUGGUGGAUGGCAUUCACCAUGGUCGUCGCCACUUGGGGACUGACCGCUCACCUCACCUGGAACUAUCUCAUCUACAGCAACAUGGAUGUUCAUGACCCCCAUCGCACUCCCGAUCUCAUAAGAUCUCUCAACAUUCUCGUCAGCGCGCAGAAGGUCAUGUUCUUCGUGGUCCCAUGCAUAGCAAUAGGUGGGCUGAACCUGGAGCACGUUUGGAAGCGGCUGAAGUACGAAAUCGCCAAGAAUCAGAGGUAUGCAUACAAAAGUUACUGGCGGGCCAUCAACAAGUACCUGCACGAGAUCAACGCGGACAACCCCAGAGAGAUUACCCCCACCCUUCUCUUUACCGCCAUUGGUUUCUACUUGGGCUUGAAACUGGACAAAGGGGACCAGGAAUUCAUUAAGUGGAACUAUCCGAUCUCCUGUAAUACUACAGAGCAACAUCUUUAA